AUGGAGCUAAUGGCUGUGACUAAGAAGAAGAUUUCUAAACACAAGAGAGGGAUAAGAAAUGGGCCAAAGGCUCUUAAACCUGUUCCUAUAGUUUUUUUGUGUUCCAGGAGUUGCGGGCGAGUUAAGCUGCCACAUUUGUUUUGUUGCAGUGGUGAGCGGCUAAACCCUAGUGAGCAAGGCAAUUCGAACAACUGAUAA